AUGAGUAACUCUGCCUUGGCCAGCUUGACCGCUCAAUAUACCGACUCGGAAAACGAGGAAGACCAAGAGCAAUCACCAGAUUCUCAAAAUUCACAGACAUCCAUUGUUAUUAUUCCGCCACCGAAACACACACCACAACAGACUCCGGAAAAACGCAAGGCAGCUGCUGCAUCACCACCAAAAAAGAAGAAAAAAUCCAAAGAUGUUAAACGUUUGGUCAGCUAUCAAGAUGAUACCAUCAUCUCUGACGAAGAUCGCAAUAACGACGACGAUGAUGACAGUCAUGAAACCCUAUCCAGUGAAGAGUCCGAAAAUGAAAAUGUCAUUAAAAUUGAAGAUGGACAGACGCCACAACGUAAUGGUGGCACUCCCAUAGAAAUCGAUGAUGAUUCGCUGGAAAAACAAAGCAAAGUGAAAGAUAAAUAUGCCCGCUUUGCUCAUUAUGGCUUUACAUUGCCACCUGAGCCAAAAGGAAAACCCCUUCCCGAGUUAUCGGAGAAAAUCAAUCAACUCUACGAGAAAAUGGAAAGUAACAACAUGGAUAUGAAUCGUAUUAUACAACAGCGUAAAGAAUUUCGUAAUCCUAGUAUCUACGAGAAGCUUAUUCAAUUUUGUGACAUUAAUGAAUUUGGGACCAAUUAUCCUCCGGAGAUUUAUGAUCCCCUCCAAUGGGGUCCAGAAAGUUAUUAUGAGGAAUUGGCUUUGGUGCAAAAGAAUGAAAUGUUAAAGCGGCAAAAGGAAAAGAAAGAUUCGGGUAAAAUUGAACAGGUUUCGGCAUUGGCUCGCAAGGUGGAAGAAGAGGCCAAAAAGAGAAAAUCCAAAUGGGAUCAACCUGCCACAGUUAAUAAACCUACUGUGCCACCUCUAACUACAACUGUAACAGGUACAAAAGGCACAGUAAUAUCUGCAUUUGGUUCGCUGCCUAAAAAACCCACAGCUUAG